UUUUGAGCAAAAGAGAAACCCUGAUUCUUCUUCGCAUUGGGUCGCGAGCUCUGGUUCUGCUGUCAUACUUUCGCAAAUUCGAUUUGCAGGUAGCUGUGUCACACACAGGUCUCAUUUUCUUCCUCCAGGUCUAUCAACUCUGGAGCAGAUGGUUCUAUGCCUGUUGCUGAGAAUCACAUAUUAAGGUAGGCCAUCUUGGACAUGGGAAUCCAGAAACUGUUAUGGGAAGUGGCAAAGAAAUCAUUCGCUGGAGGUAUCAUAGGGCUUACCAUUUCAGAUAGAUGUUGUAGCGUUGUUCCGGUGAGAGGAGAUUCCAUGUCUCCGACAAUGAAUCCCCAGAAAAAUUCUUUUUUAGAUGAUUAUGUACUUGUGGACAAAUUUUGCCUCAAGGAUUACAAGUUUGCGCGUGGUGAUGUUGUAGUGUUCAGCUCUCCGACAAAUUUUAGGGAUAGAUACAUAAAGAGGAUAGUGGGAAUGCCUGGCGAAUGGAUAAGUAGUUCUCGGGAUGUGAUCAGAGUCCCAGAAGGUCAUUGUUGGGUAGAAGGAGAUAACAAAUAUUCCAGUUUAGACUCACGAACCUUUGGCCCUAUUCCUUUGGGUUUAAUUCGAGGACGGGUCACCCGUGUGGUGUGGCCUCCUCAAAGAGUAAGCAAGAUUGGUCGAUAAAGCUAAUUGAGAAGAAGAAGGAGAAUGAGAAGGACUCCUCCUCGUUCACAAAUUUGUCUGGUGUCUCAAUUGGGAUCUAGUCAGAAUCCAAAAUUCGUCUACAUUGUUCCUCAAGAUUCUUUAAUGAGGAACUCUCAAAAUUCACAUUUUUCUCUUAAAAAGUUACAUAUAUAUUUUCAAUCUCAAAUCAGAAUUAAAGUCAUCACGUCUCAAUGAUAACAAACAAAUGAACACAUUCUUGUAUUGGAACAAUGGUUUUAGCUCA